UUAAAUGUUUUUUGUUAAUUGUAUGAGAAAAAAGGGAAUUUAACUGACUAUACAUAACAUUAAUGUCGGAGGAAAAAAUAUUUAUUGAGAAAUUUGGCAAGAAGUACUACUGUCUUCGUCAAAGAAAUACCAUUCCAUGCCAAGUCCCCAAAUAUAAAACAAGCGAUCCUUUGAACGGCAUUAUUAAUUGCACUAGAAAAAAAAGAACAUUAAAAAAAGAUAGAAUUGUGAACCCCAAUCAGUUGGAAUUUGAAGAGAAUGGACUUUACAAAUCUGUAGACAUAUUGGAGAACAUUCUGUCUUUUAAGCUGUCUAACAUUAAAAAAUUCAAACCACCACCUAACAAAAGAGCAUAUUUCGAUACAAGAUUACACGAGUUUAUAAGAAUCAAUGAACUAGCCGUUGGUAUUUUAGACGAAAUACAAUAUUCUACUGAUAUGAUAAAUGAUUUAAAAACGGUACAAAUCAUAUUUAAUCAUAAUCUUUCACAACUCCAAUGCAUUGAGGAUGAACAAAAAUAUAUAUUGGAAAGGAUGAAUAAAAUACAACUGAGUUGUAUGGAUAGAUUUUUAAGAUUCGUAUCAUGUCCUUGUUGUUCGUAAUUAUGAUACAAAUGCUAAAGACAUAACUAUGCAAAGGAUAUAUCAUAGAUUAUAUAUAGUCUAUUCUUAAUAUAAAUUUUAAGUAUAAAAAAAUAAUUUUAAUGAUAACUACCUAUAUUAUUUU